AUGCCUGCCGCGUGGAGAGCCGCUGGUCUUACCUACAACCGCUACCUGGCCAUCGCCGCCCGCGUUGUCCGCCGCAGCCUGAAGGACGACAAGAGAAUCGUUGCCGAGCGCCGAGGCGAGAUGGAUCUCCGAUUUUCCAAGUGGGAGAACGGCAAGCAGGGCGAGAUGCAGAACCUUGCCAAGGCCAACGCUGCCAUCGCCGCCGAGAACGCCGCUUAA